AAAGAAUCAAGACUGAACGAUUGAACAGCUCACCAACCAUUUUGUGAAGACGGACUGAACGUCAAGCAAGGCUGCAUUUGAAGCUCUAUCCGAACAGAGGUGGUAAAUCCAAAUCUUACUUACAAUUCUCAUCACUGAUUGAUUCCACCUUCACUUCAGAGUUCCCAAGGAGAGAAAGCAAGAAAAUUCACCAUGAUGAUGAAGAUUAACCUUUUAUCGAUGUGCUUUGUGUCUCUGUCGUUGGUGUUAUUGACAGUGCUGCCACACGCCUCCUUGGCGCAACUCGAAGGAGAAGAUUUGGCAUGGGCGUAUGUUUCGUUGACAAUUCCACAAGGCAACUUCACCGGCAACUACACCGUCAGUGUCAAUCGCGGUCGACCCAUGGCUGAUUCGAUCGAAACCGAUGAACCUACCAGCGCACCGACAGCACCGCCCACACGCAGUCCUACACGAGCACCGACUCGAGCUCCCACCCGGGCUCCAACAAGAGCUCCCACAAGAGCACCCACACGAGCACCCACAAGAGCACCCACUCGCAGUCCGACUCCAGCACCGACUCUCACUCCUCAAGCACCCAAUUGUCCCUUUUGCUCCAACGGCGCAUCGGUGCCACCGGGUCGAUCCCCGCUCAUUCGCAUGCCCGAUGGCGUCAUUCAAUCCUGUCAUGGCUACGAGCAGGUGGCGACUCUCUUUUACAAUGAACCGGACUGUGAUGUGUUUGGACCCGUCCUCAAUAAUGUGUCGCUGACAGCCUACUGCGGAUGUCCGUUUGACGAUCCCCCCAGCCCACCCGUCUGCACGCUGUGUGCCAGUGGUGCCGCUCCCGCCGAUUUGAAUAAGGAUCAUCAGGGAUUGACCUGUGAAAAUUGGAAUGAUUUUGCUCGAGCGGCCUUGCAGGCAUCGGUCUGUGAGGUGGAUCUAUUGAGUGCCAGAGCGGCAUGUUGUUAG